AAAAAAUUGUGAUAACAUUAUAUUGUAGAAUAAAAAAAGUUGACAUUUUUAUUAUUGGUCUGACGAAGUUGUACGCUUCAGACAGCUAUGAUUAGCGGCCAAAACACUGUGCUGCACCAUCCUCCUAAUUCGCUCUUCAAUUCCUUAUCUCCUCGCCAUAUCUGUGUAUCUUUCUGUAACGACAAAGCUUUAAAAAAGUCAGUCACGCACUCCGCCCCUCGGUUUGCUCGUCUGUUAAACAAUGAAUCACGGAAGUUGUUGGGUCGUCAUCCAAAUUGCUGGCCUUGGGCUCGACGACCAUCUCUUCCUCCGGGACGUUCCUUUGACGGAAACAUUGAUAAAGAACAAGAUAUGUGCGACAGCAGCAAAUUCGAUAGUGAUAGUGAUAGUGAUAGUGGCAUCCAGUUAGGAUCUCUGCUCGAGGAAGUUAUCCCACAAGGCAAUAAUACCGCUAUAAUCUCGGCUUGCUUUGUUGGCCUCUUCACCGGUAUCAGUGUCGUGCUUUUCAACGCUGCGGUUCAUGAAAUACGUGAUCUUUGUUGGGAUGGAAUUCCAUAUCGAGCUGCCUCAGAGGAGCCCGUUGGAGUACAUUGGCAACGUGUAAUCUUAGUACCAGCUUGUGGCGGUUUGGUAGUCAGCUUUUUGAAUGCCUUCCGAGCCACUCUGGAGGUUUCAACUGAAGGAAGUUGGACAUCAUCUGUUAAAUCUGUGUUGGGACCAGUUUUGAAGACAAUGGCUGCUUGUGUCACAUUAGGAACUGGGAAUUCCUUAGGACCAGAAGGCCCAAGUGUUGAAAUUGGUACAUCUGUUGCCAAGGGAGUUGGAGCUCUGCUUGAUAAAGGUGGUCGUAGAAAGCUGUCACUCAAGGCUGCUGGAUCAGCUGCUGGAAUCGCUUCUGGAUUUAAUGCUGCUGUUGGGGGCUGUUUCUUUGCUGUGGAAUCUGUGUUAUGGCCAUCACCUGCAGAGUCCUCCUUGUCCUUGACAAAUACGACUUCAAUGGUUAUUCUCAGUGCUGUUAUAGCUUCUGUAGUCUCAGAAAUUGGUCUUGGCUCUGAACCUGCAUUUGCGGUCCCAGGAUAUGAUUUCCGUACACCUACUGAGCUGCCGCUUUAUCUUCUGCUGGGCAUCUUUUGUGGCUUAGUUUCAGUGGCAUUAUCAAGUUGUACAUCAUUUAUGCUGCAAAUAGUGGAAAAUAUUCAAACGACCAGCGGCAUGCCAAAAGCAGCUUUUCCUGUCCUGGGUGGUCUUCUGGUUGGGCUGGUAGCUUUAGCAUAUCCUGAAAUCCUUUACCAGGGUUUUGAGAAUGUUAAUAUUUUGCUAGAAUCUCGCCCACUAGUGAAAGGCCUCUCCGCUGAUCUGUUGCUCCAGCUUGUAGCUGUCAAAAUAGUAACAACUUCAUUAUGCCGAGCCUCUGGAUUGGUUGGAGGCUACUAUGCGCCAUCUCUAUUCAUCGGUGCUGCUACUGGAACUGCAUAUGGGAAAAUUGUUAGCUACAUUAUCUCUCAUGCUGAUCCAAUCUUUCAUCUUUCCAUCUUGGAAGUUGCAUCCCCACAAGCAUAUGGCCUGGUAUGA